AUGGCUCCCCGCUACGAUUCCGUCGCCGUUAUCGGCACUGGUCCCUCGGGUCUCUCAACAUUAAAAGCCCUCGUUGAUGAAGGAACCUUCAGCAGAAUUCGCGUAUUUGAGCGCCGUGAUCGAGUCGGCGGCCUCUGGCACUACGAUCCCGUCCCAGACGUCUUCCCUACACCGGGCGCACCGCAUAUCCGCAACGAGAUUCCGGCCAGCUUGCCCGCAUUCACAGAGCCCGUGGCGGAGGAUACGACGGCGCGCACGGGGAUCCACGACCAGCUCGAUAGCAAUGUCGGCUCAGGGACAAUGAGCUUUACGCAUACGCCAUUCCCAGAGGUGAAUUCCGCGGUCUCGGUUCGGCAGUUGGGAAGGGGGAAUCCGAGUCGGCCCUUUCGGGUUGUGAGCGGGUACCUGGAGGACCUUGCACGGCCGUAUCUGGACCGUAUCUCGUUUAACACAACCGUGGAGCGGGUCGAAAAGAUCGACAAUCGGAAGAAGUGGAGGAUCACGGCCAGGCAGUCUGGCCAUUUUCAGCGAAACAAGCCGGCCGAGUACUGGUGGCAGGAGGAGUUUGACGCUGUCGUCGUCGCAUCGGGACACUACAAUGUGCCUCUCAUCCCAGAGAUUGACGGGCUGGCGGAGGCACACAAGGCGCUGCCCGGGCACUUUGAACACUCAAAGAGCUUCCGGUCCGCGAACGACUAUGUCGACAAAAGGGUCGUUCUUGUGGGGGGGAAUAUCUCGAGUGCGGACCUUAUUGCGGACUUGCACGCAGUCGUCAGGGGAAACCUCUACCUCUCACAGCGAGGGGGUAAUGAGGCGUUAGCGAACGUCUUCUCCCUGCCAGGAGUCGAGAUCAGGCCGACGAUCGGUCGUGUCGAUGCUGAGAAGGCCGGUCUCACCGUCACCUUCACCAACGGCUCGACAGUGGCAGACGUAGACAAGCUCAUUUUCGCAACGGGCUACCGUCUCGUCUACCCUUUCCUCGUGCCCGACCCCGUCACCCCGAGUAAUCGGGUGGCGGGCCUCUACCAGCACAUUUUCAAGAUUGGGGAUCCCAGCUUUGCAAUGGUCGGGCAGGUCCGCGGUGCUCUGAGCUUCCGGGUUUACGAGUACCAAGCCGUCGCCGUGGCGCGGUACUUUGCGAACCACAACGCAAAGCCCCUUCCGAGCCCGGCGGAGCAGGAUGAGUGGGAAGUCGGGCGGCUCAAGUACAAGGGUCCGACGACCUUGUUCCACGAGAUCAAGCCGGACUUCAAGGAGUACUUUGAGUAUCUAAGGGAGUUUGCCGGCCCGCCUGGCCCAGGGACGAACGGGUACGAGCUGCCCGUGUUUGGUGAGGACUGGCCGAACUUGGGGUUCGCGAUCCUACAACUAAAGGACAAGUACUGGCAAAGUAUCAAGGCUGCUUCGCAGAAUGGGAAGGAGAAGGUCCAGGCGAAACUGUGA